AUGGAAAGACUUAAAUCUCUUAAGAGUAUCCAUCAAAUUCCCAUUAUUGCCAUCCUAGAGCCUUUUUCUGAUAGCAUUCAGAUUCAGUACUUCAGAAAUCAACUCAACAUGGACCAUGCUAUUAGUAAUCCAAAUGGUAAGAUUUGGCUUUUUUGGACCAAGGAUGUAGACUGCAGGAUAUUGGAAAAUGAGGAGCAGUUGAUUACUUGUGAAUUUAAUCAUGUAAUGAAUCCAAAUCAGUUCAUAGUUACCUUUGUAUAUGCAAAAUGCAAAGAUCAUCUCAGAAGACCUCUGUGGGAUAGCAUGCUACAACAGUCAGCCACCUCCCUUCCAUGGUGCACAUUAGGUGAUUUCAAUGUUAUCACAGACCCUCAAGAAAAGUUGGGAGGUGUCACUUACAAUAUGAAAAAGAGCCUUGAGUUCAUCAGCAUCAUAGAAGCUUGUGGACUACAAGAUCUUGGGUUUUGUGGUCAGAGAUACACUUGGUCUAAUCUAAGGGGUAUAAUGUUCAGAAUCUGGAAGAGACUUGACAGAGGAAUGGUCAACGAUAAGUGGCUAGAGAUGAUGCCUCAGACUACCAUUACUUAUCUACUCUCUGUGGGUUCAGAUCACUGCCCCUUACUGCUGGAGAUGACUGAUCAAAACCAACAACACACCAAAUAUUUCAAAUUCCUUAACUGCUGGACAGAACAACCAUCUUUCUUGGAUACUGUUAGUAAUUGCUGGAACAGGACCAUGGAGGGUAAUCCAAUGUGGUGUUUCCAUCAGAAAAUGAAGAGGUUGGCAGCCACUCUUAGUACUUGGUCCAGAUUGCAAUUUGGUGAUAUAUAUGCCAAAGUUAAAGAAUAUGAAGACAAGACUAGACAUGCAGAGGAAGAGCUAAUCUCUAGUAAUUCUGAAGAGAAUAGAACAAAGCUCCAUGCCAUCAAUGCAGAGUAUAUAAAAUACCUGAAACUGGAGGAAUCCAUGCUAAAGCAAAAAACUCAGUUGCAUUGGUUCAAAGAGGGUGAUGUGAAUUCCAAGUAUUUUCAUGCCUUGAUAAGAGGAAGGAGGAGGAAAUUAUACAUCCAUAAGAUCCAGAAUGAGGAUGAUAAUUGGGUACAAGGUGAAGAAAACAUAGCCAAAGCUGCAUGUGAACACUUCCAAGCCAUUUUCACUGGUGAGGAGACACAAAUUCAGGAGCAUACCCUCCAAUGUAUUCCCAGGAUGGUCACUGAUGAGCAUAACAGAAACCUGAAAGCUAUCCCUACAAUGGAGGAGUUGAGAACUGUAGUGUUUUUAAUGAAUCCCAAUUCAGCUGCUGGACCUGAUGGAAUGAAUGGCAAGCAUGGAUUCUUUCAUUCCACAAGAGGCCUUAAGCAAGGGGAUCCAUUAUCACCAGCUUUGUUUAUCAUAGGUGCUGAAGUCCUCUCUAGGCUCAUGAACAACCUUCAUCAACACCCCCAAUAUCAUGGUUUCCUGAUGGCUAAAAAGGGCCCUCAAAUUAAUCAUCUCAGUUUUGCAGUUGACAUCAUCAUAUUCUCAUCUGGAAGAUCUCAUACCUUAAAGCUUAUCAUGGAGACACUACAUACCUAUGAGCAUGCUUCAGGCCAAUUGAUCAACAGAGACAAGAGUAACUUCAUGGUACCCUCAAAUGCCUUCAACUCUACUGUUAGAAGAAUCAAGAAAGUUACAGGCUUCAAGCAAAAGAACAGCCCUAUCACAUAUCUGGGGUGUCCUCUUUACAUUGGUAGACAGAGGAUCAUCUAUUAUUCUGAGCUUAUAGCUAAAGUUGUGGCUAGGAUAGCUGGAUGGCAGGCAAAAUUAAUUAGUUAUGGAGGAAGAGUUACUUUGAUUAAGCAUGUCAUCCAAGCACUUCCUAUUCACUUGUUAUCUGCUAGUUCCCCUCCUGCAACCACUAUCAAGCAAAUUCAAAGCAUCACAGCCAAUUUCUUCUGGGGGUGGAAGAAUGAAAGGAGGAAAUAUCAUUGGUCUUCUUGGAAGAAUCUGAGUUAUCCCUAUGAAGAGGGUGGUAUUGGAGUGAGACUAAUAUCAGAUAUUGCCAAGUCUUUCCAAUACAAACAAUGGUGGAUAUUCAGAACUAAGAAUUCCUUAUGGAGUGAGUUCCUCAAAGCUAAGUACUGUCAGAGGUCAAAUCCUAUAACCAAAAAAUGGCACACAGGACAGUCUCUGAUAUGGAAGCACCUCAUGAAGAACAAGCACAAUGUUGAGCCUCAUAUCCAAUGGCAGAUACAGUCUGGUUCUUGCCUCUUUUGGUGGGAUAAUUGGUUGGGAGUUGGCCCCUUAGCUAUUUCAGAACUGGUCUCUCAGAAAGCACCUCCUCAGUUUGUACCUAGCAUCCUGGCAAGUAACAUCAACUAUCAGCCCCACAAACUUGAUCAGGCCUCUUGGAAGCCUAAUAGCAGUGGGGAAUUUAGUUGUUCUUCUGCCUGGGAACUUAUCAGGGACAAAAGGAGUAAGACAAGAAUUAACUCUCAAACAUGGCACAAACACAUUCCUUUUAAGUGUUCCUUCCUACUCUGGAGAGCACUUAGAGGGAAACUACCUACUAAUGAAAAACUUAUCAGCUUUGGAGAAGCCCCAGCCCAAUGUUACUGUUGCCAUAGAGCUGGUUUGGAUACCAUUGACCAUAUAUUUGUUUCUGGAAACUUUGCCAGGAAGGUUUGGAGUGUAUUUUCUGAUUCUCUGGGUAUUAGUAAAGAAUACACACCCCUUAGAAACCUGAUAAUGAGGUGGUGGUCCAGUAAUUACAGUAAUGAGGUCCAUAAACUUAUCCUACAAGCAACUCCAAUCUUCAUAUGUUGGAACCUAUGGAAAAAUAGAUGUGCCAUCAAAUAUGGAGGGAAGCAGUCCAAUAUUACAAGAGUGAUCUACUCAGUCUUCAAGGAUAACUUCAACCUUCUAAGCACUACCUACUCAUAUAUCAGCUGGCCAAAUAGAUGGAAGGAACUGGUCCUUUUUGUGGAAAAAUGUACUAAUGAAGUUAAUGUUAGUACUGUCUACUGGAGAAAACCUUCAGCUCACAUGGUGAAGCUGAACACUGAUGGUAGUGCACUUCACAACCCUAGAAAAAUAGGAGGGGGAGGAUUGCUAAGGAACAAUCAAGGAGAUCUUCUCUUUGCUUUCUCAACCCCUUUUGGAGAAGGUACAAACAACCAAUCUGAAAUAUUGGCAGCCAUCUUUGGUUUGACUUGGUGUCUCCAAUUAGGAUAUACUAAAGUGAUCCUUGAAGUGGACUCUGAGCUAGUAAUCAGAUGGAUAAAACACCUAGCUCAACCACCAUGGACUGUCAGAACACAACUCCAACAACUGCAGGAUAUCAGUCAUCAAUUCCAGGUUUUCAAAUGCAGCCACACUUACAGAGAAGCCAAUUUUACAGCUGAUAUUUUGUCCAAACAUAGCCACAAAUGCACUACUCCACAGAUAUAUCUCAAUAAACAAGAGCUUCCCAAAGAGGCAAGAGCUUACUUUGAGCUUGACAAACUGGAAAUGGCCAACUUCAGAAGAAGAAGGCUUAAGAGAAUCAAGAAGCCACCAUGA